GCCGGGGCCGCCGCGGCGCCGCCCGAGGCGCUGGGCUGGUGAGCGCUGGGCACCUGAGCCGGGAACCUCCCCGCGGCAGCGGCCCCCCGGCCCCCAGCCCUGGUCCCGGUCCCAUUGGCCACUCCGCUGCUACUGGAAGGUAAUCAUAGCCUCCUGGUGUCGCACAUCCAUGGGAAUAAUGAAUUUAUUUGGACUAGAAACUAAGACCUGCUGGAAUGUCACCAGAAUAGAACCUCUUAAUGAAGUUCAAAGCUGUGAAGGAUUGGGAGAUCCUGCUUGCUUUUAUGUUGGUGUAGUCUUUAUUUUGAAUGGACUAAUGAUGAGAUUGUUCUUCGUGUAUGGAGCAUAACCUGAGUGGGACUCAACUAGGAGGUCUUAUUACAGUACUGUGCUGCUUUUUCAACCAUGGAGAGGUCACCCAUGUGAUGUGGACACAACCUCUCCGUGAAAGUUUUUCCUAUCCAUUCCUUGUACUUCAGAUGUAUAUUUUAACUUUGAUUCUCAGGACCUCGAGCAAUGAUAGAAGGCCCUUCAUUGCACUCUGUCUUUCCAAUGUUGCUUUAUGCUUCCCUGGCAAUUUGCUCAGUUUAUACUUUUUACACAGAUUUUCCUUUUGUCCUGAGAAUCAUUCUGGGUGCCAAGCUACACAGCAUGCUAAGGGCCAAUCCUACUCUUCACAGCAGGACGUUCUGCUGCUAAUCCAGCUAAAUGUUGGCUGUUUUGUCUGUGGAGCAGAAUUUUUCCUGGCACCAUUUCUGUGAGUUUUAAUCAUAAAGCUCAUCAUUCCUUAUGUGAGCUGAGCCUACAUCCUGUUUCCAAAGCAACUACGUAACUAGUACCAAGAAACUGAAUUGGG